AUGGCUCUGACUAACCCCAUGCCAAUGGGACCAUGGAAGCUCACAGUGUAUGACCAGGAGAACUUCCAGGGCAAGCGCAUGGAGUUCACCUCGGCCUGCCAGAACAUUAUGGAGUGCGGUUAUGACACCAUCCGCUCCGUGAAGGUGGAGUGUGGAGCUUGGGUGGGCUAUGAGCACUCCAGUUUCUGUGGGCAGCAGUUUGUGCUGGAGAGAGGAGACUACCCCCGCUGGUCCGCCUGGAGUGGCAGCAACGCCUACCACAUCGAGAGACUGAACUCCUUCCGCCCAGUCUGCUCUGCCAACCACAAGGAGUCCAAGAUCGUCGUUUUUGAGACUGAGAACUUCAUUGGGCGUCAGUGGGAGAUGUGUGAUGACUACCCCUCCCUCCAGGCCAUGGGAUGGCAUAACAACACCAUCGGAUCCAUGCAGGUCCAGAGUGGAGCCUGGGUGUGCUACCAGUACCCUGGAUACCGUGGUUACCAGUACAUCCUGGAGUGCGAUCGCCAUGGCGGCGAGUACAAACACUACAGAGAGUGGGGCUCCCACGCCCAGACCUUCCAGAUCCAGUCUCUGCGCAGGAUCCAGCAGUGA